AUGAAUCCCGAGUUGCGAAGGCAAGUCAUCAACAUAUACAAAGAGCUGCUGGAGAUGGGAAAGCACUAUCCCCUCGGCUACGAGUAUUUCCGGCCUCGUCUACACAAGGCCUUCAUGUCCAAGGCACAUUUGAGGGACGAGGAGCAGAUCCAGCAAGGCAUCAAGAGAGCCGAGUUUGUCAAGAAGGAAAUCGAGGCGCUCUACUUUCUCAAAAAGUACCGUUCAAUGAAGCAGCGCUACUCUUGA